CAUUUACACACAGCGCCGCUGAACAUGGAUCAGUAACGCUGCGUCAGUCGCGCACUCGAGAGUGAUCGAAUCUUGCCGGCAUUGUUACGGACAAGAGGAACGUUCGGAAAGGCACUCCGAAACAAUAAAAAUGACAUUUGAAAGUAACAGCAGCGGUGAUCUCUCCAGUGUUUCCGUGCCUAAAUCGUCAGGGAUUUGCGGACUCUUUGCGUGCCUGUGCUUUACGUCGAAGUGGCAAUGAGGAGGAACUGUCAUAAGGCAGCGUGCUGGAGUCUGACUGUACAUUUACAGUCAUAGUUCAAGUUGCAUUUGUGAGAAAUAGGGGCGAGGAAAAGCAGCCCCGGGUAACCGCGACAAGCACGCGGCAGAAGACACGUCAGCGGGCUUCUAAUGUUUAUCACCGGACUGCUUUUGCUCUCGUACUGUCACCUCUGGUAACGAUUUCAGGUACUGGGGGCAUUUAUAUUAUCCUAUAAUGCAAGUAAAAAAACAACGGUCCUCAGAAAGGAGCCCCGAGGACACGCAACGAGAUGACGUGCAGAAAAAGAAAUCAUGCUUCUCAAAUAUUAAGAUAUUCCUCGUGUCGGAAUGUGCACUGAUGUUGGCGCAGGGCACGGUUGGAGCAUACCUGGUGAGUGUGCUUACUACGCUCGAGCGUCGCUUCAACCUGCAGAGUGCUGACGUGGGUGUGAUCGCCAGCAGCUUUGAGAUUGGCAACCUAGCCCUCAUCCUGUUCGUCAGCUCGGGCACGCGUGCCCACCGGCCCCGACUCAUCGGCUGCGGCGGUAUCGUCAUGGCGUUGGGCGCGCUGCUCUCGGCACUGCCCGAGUUCCUGGCCAACCAGUACGAGUUCAAGACGGGCGAAACGUGGCGCCGGACUGAUAUAGGCCGCGACAUCUGCUCCAAUGCCUCGUCAACCAGUUUCGACGACCAGCUCGAAGAGGAGAUCUGCAGCAACAGAGCUAACACCAAUAUGAUGUACCUGCUGCUCAUCGGGGCCCAGGUGCUGCUUGGCAUUGGAGCCACACCUGUUCAGCCCCUGGGGGUGUCCUACAUUGACGACCACGUCAAAAAGAAAGACUCCUCCCUGUACAUAGGUAUCCUGUUCUCCACAUUGGUGUUUGGGCCAGCCUGCGGUUUCAUCCUGGGGUCCGUCUGCACAAAGUUCUAUGUGGACGCCAUCUUCAUCGACACCAGCAAGCUGGGCAUCACCCCUGAUGACCCUCGCUGGAUCGGAGCGUGGUGGGGGGGCUUCCUCCUGUGCGGUGCCUUACUCUUCUUCUCUGCACUCUUCAUGUUCGGCUUCCCCCAGUCCCUACCCACGCACGAUGGGGAGCCCAGGGCCGAGAGCGAGCAGGCCAUGCUCUCGCCCAGCAUGUCGCAGGACUAUGACCAGCACAAACCGAGCAACGGGGUCGCUGCCGGACACCAAGACAACAGCAAUAGCCCCUCCUGCUGCCAGCAGCUCAGAGUUAUCCCCAAGGUGACAAAGCACCUCCUGUCCAACCCCGUGUUCACCUGCAUCAUCCUGGCGGCGUGUAUGGAGAUAGCAGUGGUGGCCGGCUUCGCUGCCUUCCUGGGGAAGUACCUGGAACAGCAGUUCAACCUCACCACAAGCUCAGCCAAUCAGCUGCUUGGUAUGACUGCCAUUCCGUGUGCCUGUUUGGGGAUUUUCCUCGGAGGGCUCCUGGUGAAGAAGCUGAAUCUGUCGGCCUUAGGGGCCAUCCGUAUGGCCAUGCUGGUCAACCUCAUCUCCACUGCCUGCUACGUGUCAUUCCUCUUCCUGGGCUGUGACACAGUACCUGUCGCCGGGGUGACUGUCGCCUAUGGCAACGAAACCUUGAACGUGGGUCAGAAACCAGAACCUGCCUGCCUCAGUAACUGUAACUGCCUCACCUCAUCCAUUAGUCCUGUGUGUGGCUCCAACGGCGUCACGUACCUAUCGUCCUGCUUCGCCGGGUGCACCAAAGUCUCACCCAAGAAAGGGCUUCCUCCCCCUCUGUCUCAGAACCUGUCGGGGUGCUUGUGCGUCUCUAGUGACAGCGAAUUGGCCACGGCGGUUCCAGGGAAAUGCCCCAGUCCAGGCUGCAAGGAGGCCUUCCUCACCUUCCUCUGCGUCAUCUGUGCAUGCAGCAUGAUCGGAGCCAUGGCCCAGACCCCCUCCGUUAUCAUCCUUAUAAGGACGGUGAGCCCAGAUCUGAAGUCAUAUGCCCUUGGAGUGUUAUUCCUGUUGCUGCGACUACUGGGCUUUAUCCCGCCUCCUCUGAUCUUCGGCGCCGGGAUCGACUCAACCUGCCUUUUCUGGAGCACGGAGUGCGAAUCCCGGGGUGCCUGCCUGCUGUACGACAAUGUGUCCUACCGGCGCCUAUACGUGAGCAUGGCGAUUGUCCUCAAGGUGAUCGCCUUCCUGCUGUACACAACAACGUGGCAGUGCCUGCGCCACAACUACAGGAAAUACAUCAAGAACUGCGAGGGCUACCCGAGCCCCACCGACAUGUUCAACAACUCCAAUGUCAACAUGGACGGCCUGGCCAAGGAUGGCACAGGCAGCAGGACAAAGUUUAUUUACAACCUGGAGGACCAUGAGUGGUGUGAGAACAUGGAGUCUGUUUUAUAGGGGUUUGGGGAUGGGGUGCAGGACUAAACCGGAUACAAGCUACAUCCUUGAUUCUCAUUCAUUAUCUUGAUGUCUUGAUUCAUGUUCUUUUUUUCUUUUCCUUUUUAAAGGAUAGAUGGUUUGUUUUUGUUUUCAUGGCAAAAUCUUGAUUAUUAAAAAAAUUACAUUAUGGUUCAGGACCCUGCAAGAGAAGACUGUUACUGCACUUUUUUGCUAUGAAUCCAUCAAUCCAUUUAAUAGGGUCCAUAUUGUUCUGUAAGGGUGAUAUCAGAGGAAGUGUUGUUCAGUUCCAGUGAAUUCUGUCGUGAUUCUUUGUGGUAGACAUCUACUGUACUGUUUGGUUUUGAUCCUCGGCUCAUAGCUAGCUGAUCGGUCACAAGCCAUUUUUCUUCUUCUUUAUUUUGACUACAACAGUCAAUUCUAGAAGAACAUGUUCAUCUGUGCUUAAAGGUUACAACAAAAGUGUCAAAUUAGAGUUACUGUCUUACUUUUUUUUCCCAGUGUCACUUUCUUUCAUAAAAAUGGAAACAUUUACAUAGGCAAAUGCUAUACUGGACCUCUGUACACACAUAACAAAGUAGCAGCCUUUGUUUCCUGUGUCUUAGUCUACGCAGUAUGCAACUUUGAGGCCAAGUCACAGUGUGUUUUCUUUUUUUUUUUCUAACUUUUAGCAAUUAUUAUGUUCUUUCCAUCCUACAAUUCAUAUCUGUCAUUGCAUUGUUCUAAACAGAUACCUGUAUCAGCUAACGUUCGUUUUAGCAUUACAUAAUGGAGUUAUCAAGGAUCUCUAUGUUGGCUUCUGCCUGCAAUUUCCGUAUGCUCAUAUUUUACAUAGUUUAUUGAACCUUAGUAUGUCUUAAUUGUAAACGGUUGUCCAGAAAAAAAAAAGAAAAGAAAUGAUUAAUAUAUUGCUGUUUUGGCAGAUGAGCGGGAAGACAUAUUGUAUUGUAAAAGCAAAAAAAAAAGUCAUUUAUUAUUAAUGUAUGGCUAUUGAGAUUAACAUUGGUUUAUUAGAGGAUAUUUUGGCAGUGACACAUGUGGUGGAGAGAUCAAUGGGAAUAGAAGUGUGUAUAUAUUUUUUUAUUCUUCAGAAGAGAAAGGUUGGAGUAGAUUGUAUUUCCAACAGAGUAUGUGUCCAGCAGAAUAGAAAUGUAUUUGAGUAUAAUUUGAAUGGAAUGAAAGAUGUCAUUUUAAUGGCGUCACAGUUCUGUGUAUACAGACAAUAUGUUUAGCCCUUUUCAGGUAAAAGGAAAUUAUGACAUUUUUGUGGUAAAUUUCUGUAACUUAGUGAGAAAGUGUCUUUUCUCUUUAAAUCUUGCAAGUUAUUUGCAAACUACAGUUGAGUUACAGCCAUAGGUGAGUCUGCUGCAGCAGUAUUAAAGGUACAUAACUGUCUUUGGGAUAUAAAACUAGUUUUCAUCAGGCAGUCACUGUAUUCAUGAACACAAUAUUUGUUUUGAAUACAUCUUUAAGGCUUGAUAGCACACUCACUUUGUUUUACAAACUAAACAUUUCUCUGCAGUAAAAUGGUAGACAGUAUCCUUUUUCUUAUACUUUUUUGUAUGGCAAAUAUCUUUUUAUUUUAUUCUGCAGAAUAAAUUAUUUUUCAGAAAAUUA